CAGGCGGGGGGGCAGGGGGCUCCGGCGGCGGAGGAUGUGCGCCCGCGCCCUUCUGCUCUGCCUCAUGCUCGCCCCGGCCGUCCAGAGCAGGGGGGAGAACGUGGAGGACUAUGACUACGACUACCUGAGUACCAACAAGACUUGGGUCCUGGCGCCCAAAGCUCAGGAGGCUGACGCCACUCGCAUCCUGAACACUCUGCUCCAAAACUACGACAACAAGCUGAGGCCGGAUGUUGGCAUCAAGCCCACUUUCAUUGACGUUGACAUCUACGUGAACAGCAUUGGGCCGGUUUCUGUGAUCCACAUGGAGUACACCAUCGACAUCUUCUUUGCCCAGACCUGGUACGACCGGCGCCUGCGCUUCAACAGCUCCCUCCAGGCGCUGACCCUCAACACCAACAUGGUCAGCCGCAUCUGGAUCCCAGACACCUUCUUCCGGAACUCCAAGAGGGCAGAUUCGCACUGGAUCACCACCCCCAACCAGCUCCUCCGGAUCUGGAGUGAUGGCAAAGUGCUCUACACACUCAGGCUGACCAUCGAGGCUGAAUGCCUCCUCCAGCUGCAGAACUUUCCCAUGGACACCCACUCCUGCCCCUUGGUCUUCUCCAGCUAUGGCUAUCCAAGAGAGGAGAUCAUCUAUCGCUGGAGGAGGUACUCCAUUGAAGUUUCCGACCAGCGCACAUGGAGGCUCUAUCAGUUUGACUUCAUUGGCCUGAGGAACACAUCCGAGGUUCUGCGGACAGGGGCAGGAGAAUACAUGGUCAUGACGGUCUCCUUUGACCUGAGCAGGAGGAUGGGCUACUUUGCCAUCCAGACCUACAUCCCCUGCAUCCUCACUGUGGUCCUCUCCUGGGUCUCCUUCUGGAUCAAGAGGGACUCCACUCCGGCCCGGACCUCACUUGGCAUCACCACUGUGCUGACCAUGACCACGCUGAGCACCAUCUCCCGCAAGCACCUGCCUCGGGUCUCCUACAUCACGGCCAUGGACCUCUUUGUCUCCGUCUGCUUCAUCUUUGUCUUUGCCGCCCUCAUGGAAUAUGCUACCCUCAACUACCUGGUGGGGAACAAGAAGCCUCCGCCGCUGUGCAGCAGCAGAAGCAACCAUAAUCCAAGCAGUAGAAGUACUCAACGUGGUGGCGGCCAUCAACAAAGCAGCAACAGUCGAGGGGGGACCAGACUGCUAACUGGCCAUGCCCACCUGGUACCCUCCUAUACGGCCAUUCACAUCAACAGCCUGGUGACCUGGCCGCCCGACAUGGAGGAGGAGAGCGAGGAGCUGGACCCAGCCGCGUCCUGCAACUGCGCAGAAGGAGAGGAGUGCCGGCGGUUCUUCUGCUGCAUCGAGGACUGCCGGACGGGCGCCUGGCGCGAAGGCUACCUCCGCAUCCACAUCUCCCGCCUAGACUCCUACUCUCGGGUCUUCUUCCCCACCGCCUUCCUGCUCUUCAACAUUGUCUACUGGAUGGCUUACCUCUAUCUCUAGCUCCCCCAACAACAAGGACUUGCCUGGAGGCAACAAGACAUAGCCAGUGGAGUUGGGGGCGGUCACUGUGUUACCCACUUGGCUGUGAGAGAGGGACCUCGAGAGGGCAUCCAGCCCAACCCUCUGCUGGUGCAGGAGGGCCUUCUGCGCAGAUCCUCUGCACCCCGUCCUGGAAACAUCUCCUGAAGGGAGGAGGCAUCCCUUCCUUCCAAGGCUGGCUGGCCAUCACGUCAUGAAGAGGGGCAGCCACGCAAUUGGUGCAAGCUCCCACAGUCCCUUUACGUUCCAUUCUUGCACUAUUUAGGUCCAUGACUGCAAGUGUGCUUGGAAUAGGUCUUACUGGCUAAGGGAGUGUGCAUUUCAUGGGGGAAGCAGAGAAAAUGGGGGGAAGCUGUGAGAUUUUGAGACUUCCCCACCUCACCCUCCACACAUAUAUUUAUUUGGGGGCUUUUUCUUUGUCAGGAGCAGCUUGAGAAAUUGCAAGUUGCUUCUGGUGUGAAAGAAUUGGCCGUCUGCAAGGACGUUGCCCAGGGGAUGCCUGGAUGUUUGAUGUUUUACCAUCCUUGUGUGAGGCUUCUCUCAUGUCCCCACAUGGGGAGCUGAAGCUGACAGAGGGAGCUCAACCCAGUCUUUCUGGGAAAGUCAGAGCCCAGCAGCUGAGGCUCUGGCCCUGCAGGGGGGAGAUGGGGUGAGGUGGGGUGGCUGCCUCUAAAUUAAACCUCACAAGCUGCUCCAGUUGCUCCCAGCCUCAUCCCAUUAACAUUUACUCCUGAUGUAAAUUACAAAUAAAUGUUUUGAGGAAGAGAGA